ACAGCCGGCCAAUCGCAUUCUAGUUCGAGUGGGUGAUUCAGUUUUCAGUUCAGCGUUCAGCAGUCUCCAGUUUAAUUGCGCCGCUGUCGUUGGGUGAUAUUCCAAGUGGUUGAUCGUUCCAAUAAUUGUCGGUGUUUUCCUUCAGUGAAGAUAAUGAUUGUGAGAGAGUGCUAGAAAUCUAUAGAGUUUGGAAUUGCGGUGGUAAACAGUGAAGAUUGUAAUAGGCCUGCAUCAAACAACAUCAUACAUGGAAAAUUGAAAUUUACGUUCCUAAAUUUUCUAGCUCUAAAAGACAAUUCCAAAUUAUAUUCUAAUAUAUUCCUCGAAUGCGUAAAUAUCUUUCUGAUAGGCCUACGUUCAGUUAUUCAUUAAUUUAUCACUAUAAUAGUCGUGUGAAACAGCUCAUGGACUUUCCAGAUGAUUUGGAAUUUCAAAUUAUUUGUAUGAUUCUGCGACCUUCUCUUUCAAUAUCAAUACAUCAAUCAGUAUUUCAUAUUAAGAUAACUUUCAAUACAUCAACCCGUAGACUCCAAUUUCAAAAAUAAUAGAUAUGGAUUAUAUCACUUGUCUCAUCAGAGUUCCCUAGCUUAUCAUACCGUUUGUUUUCAUGAUAGAAUUGAUCAGUUGCAUUAUCACUUCUGUUGACUGACGAAGAAUGAUUGAUUGAUCAAAUUGUGCUAUUUAUUAUUUUGGUUAGGGUGAGUUUCCAAUGAGAUAUUCUUUUUCUUUUAAUUUGAAAUUUCCUGAAUUCAUACAAAGAAACUGAUUUCUAAUUGUACCUACUUAGAACUAUUAUUAUCAUCUGGUUGACAAUAACUAUUUUGAGGUUGAUAGUCAAGAAGAUACAAGAUAGAAACAGUAAUAAUAUUUAUUAAUGAAUUCAUGCGAAGAAACUGAUUUAUAUACAUUUUACGUAAGAGUGUUAUUAUCUGAGUUUCCAAUGAGAUAUUCUUUUUCUUUUAAUUUGAACCUUCCUGAAUUCAUACAAGGAAACUGAUUCAUAAUUGUACCUACUUAGGAAUAUUAUAAUCGUCUGGUUGGCAAUAACUAUUGGAAGUUGAUAGUCUAGAAGAUACAAGACAGGAACAGUUAUAACAGUUAUUAUUUAAUUGAUAAGCAGUUAUGUCAACAAGUGUAUACAGAAGAAUGCCGGUGCCAUCAACUGCAUCUUCAACAUUGACAGCCACUUGGCCGGGAAAAGUUGGCAAGCUACCCAAAAAAGUUGAGCCGAAAUCCAAACGACCAGAAACUGCAACUCUUGAAAAACCCCUCGUACUAGACCCCAAACUGCUACGUAAGCUAGACAUGACAACCUUGUGCCGAGACAAGCUCCUAACAAUCGAGAAUCUUAUAAUUAGUCCAAGAUCGAACAGCGGGAAGAAAGAGAGAUGUUCAACUGGGGAGCCGAAAACGAAACGGAUUUCGAGAGGUCUUAAUACUACUUAUCGGAUUCGUAGUAAUGGGAGGAAGAGGUUAGCUGAUGUUUUUGGAGCUGCACCUGUUGUAAAUAAUAACGUAGGUUCCCAGCUGACUAAUACAAACGCAAUGGAGACUGAGCCACAGGGUCAGGUGAAACGCGUGUCCAAAGUGCCAACGAAAAGAUCACCGCUGCACCCCAAAGAGAAGCGGAAAGUGGAAACGCUGAAAAGUGUGAAAGAAGCGAUGAUGAUUGAGUCGGUAACCGAGUCAGUGCCUCCACCCUGCUGCACAUGCGGCCGCCCUGAACAGCCGGAACGUCUCCACAGUCACCCGGUUCGAGUGCAGGUGAAGAAGACAAAACUACCCCGCUCUUCGGAGGCCGAGAACGUUCCCAGCCCACAAAUCCAACCGAAAAGCUCUGUACGCAAGCCAAACGCCAUCAAAUUCCGUAGCAAUCGAGUAAAUCUACCGGAACCCAUACUAGAAGUGGUGAAACAAUCACCAGUUGCACGUAAAAGAAUGAAUCCACCAGAACCCAUAGCAGAAGUGGUGAAACAGUCGUCACCAGUAGCUCGUAAAAACACGUUUCGGGUUGACGCCUCGAAAAAACCUGAAGUUUUACACAAACUCCCCCCAGAAUCACCCCGACGAUCGCCGAAAACCUCGCAGAUUCCGAUCAGCCGACGUCAGUUGAGCUCGAAGCCUUCGGUUCCUCCCCGGACACCUCCGCCGUUCGUGCCUACACUGAACCCCGUGCAGCAUUCUCCGCCCAGCACCGGUUGCUCCCGGGAACGUCCGGACACUUCGUCAGCGACCUCCUCGCCAACCUCGUCUCCGAGGAAGCCACGCACCGUGGUCUGCUACCUGUGCAUGAGGGAGUUUGGAACCGCCUCUCUACCACUGCACGAACCCCACUGUCUACAGAGAUGGGAACGAGAAAACGCCGCGCUACCGCCACAUUUGCAGCGAAGUCCACCGUCACGACCUGACCGCGCUCUCUCUCCCUCCCAGUGGAACAAGAUCGCCUACGAGACCGCCCAGGCGUCUCUAGUACCAUGUGACAAAUGCGGGAGGACGUUUUUGCCUCAUCGCCUACCCCUGCACGUGAAGGCCUGUCUCGGGAUCAAGCGGUCUAGCAUUGCUUCAGCCCCUCCCAGUGCUCUCCCCCCCUCCGCCACGGUCAAGGUAGUAGAGGAUUGUAAGACUGGCGAAGACUACAUUACCAUAGCAGUGAAAGAAGGCUGCUUCAUUUGCGGCAGAGUUGUGUCACCAGAAGAGCUAGCCAAUCACGAGGAGGCCUGCCUGGCUAGGUGGCAGGUGGAGAACGACAAGCUGGCACCGCAUCUGAGGCAUCCGCUGCCCACCAGGCCAGGGGGUGAGGAGGAAGGUGAGACGAGGGCAGACAGCCCCCAGAGUGAGGAAGCACCCGUGCACCAUCACCCAACUACACCCACUUUGGCACAGUCCCCACGCAAGCAACUGUCGCCACCCACUUUGUCGGUGACCACCUUGUCAUCAUCCUGCACUUUGUCGACACCCACUAUGGCGCAGUCCCCGCGCAAGCGGCUGUCAGUGUGCUGGCUGUGUGGCCGCGAGUUUGGUUCCGCGUCCAUCCGCAUCCACGAGCCGCGCUGCCUGAAGCGGUGGCGGUUGGAGAACGAGCAACUGCCGCCUGAGCGACGGCGACCCGAGCCGCAGAAGCCGGCUGUCGUCCUUACAUCAGGUCACUUUUACUUCAAAUAAAAUAAUCAUAGUGAGGUACACGUUAUAAUGGCAGUAUUCAAUCAACAUUGGUGUUGCUAUCCUCAUCUAUCAUUCAACAAAGCAGAUAGUGCUAUCAUUGUUUUUCAACAAU